AUGUCCGAACGUCUACGCGAACGACUCGGGUAUUUUUCUGAAGACCUAGAUGGCCAGAUACGCUCCGCAUCACCGGCCGGAUCACGUUCGCCACGACGGUCUAGUCGUUCACCUAGGCCACCAAAUGGGUCGAGGAAUGGUUUUAGAGAGCCUGCGAUUGCGGUAGCGAUACCAUUGGUUCGCGAUUCACGCCCUGACAUUGCAGCUUGGCCUGCUCCACCGCAAAAUGUCCCUUUAACUUGUAUUAGUGGAAAUGUGCGAACACCUACAGCAGGGCCUUCGCGGCCAUCCAUAUCUCCAGUUCCCGUUUCACCAGUAUCAAAUAACGGCAGUACUAAGGCAGAGCUCGAUGAUUCCACUACUUUAUUAACUAUGUUAAAAGUAGCUGCUGCAUCCAGUGCCAAUGAUAGUUGGGUUCAGUUUGGUUAUUUGUGGGAAAAUAAAAGGCAAGGAGGCAGUCAAUGGCCGAUUUUAGCUCUUGCAGGUGUCCCUAGGGGACGAGAGACCGAGCUGAAACGGAAAAUCCAGACAUUGGAAGAGACUGUGGCUGAAUAUGAACGUCAAAAGUACAAUGUUAUGGGGACUUUCAGCGAGUAUAGGUAUGUUGGGUCACAAUUAGAGGAAGCACUCUCUGAAGAGGUGCUAGGAGCAAAAAAAGAUUUCGAAGCGCGAAUGAAAAGCUUUCAAGCGCUCCAGGAUAAGUUCGAACGCGAAAAGGAGCAAGCGUUGGAGAAAUUACGUCAGGAGCACCAAAAGGAGAUUCAGUUGUUGGAGCAGCGAUUCUCAGAAUCUCAGUUGCUGAAUUUGGAGCAAAAAUAUAUGAUUGAAAUCCAGCGAUUAGAAGAAGAAAGAAAAUCGUUACGAUCGGAAAAGGAGCGUCUAGGGGAAACAUUUGAAAUGAAAUUGCGACGAGCACAGUCACUCUAUGAAACUGAACUCACUGCCGCUAAAAUGCUGUAUACAAAAGAGCUAGAAGCUCUUCGAGAUCACGAGGAGGCUUUAAAAGAAGAAUUAUUGGCAAGACAGGAUGAGUUCCAUGACCGUCUACAAGAGCUGCAGCACCAAGCUCGCAGAAGCCGUGAUGAGCUGGCCAGUUGCAAAAAUGAGGUGGCUGCACUUGAGAGGAAACUCCAAUCAAAGGAAACUGAGGUUCAAGCUAUUAGCAAAGAGCUUGAAGACGCCCGGGCUGAGACCAAUGACGCUCUAAAACGUUUGUCACAGUCAACUAGCGAGUAUAAUGAGCACAGAGUGAAGUUCCAGCAGCAGGAAGAGGAACUGAGGAAAAAAUCUAAACUCUUAAAUGUCGUCGAAGCAGCUAAGACUAAACUCGAAGCAGUCAUUCGUGACCUCCAGACUGAAGUUAGAGCACUCAAGAACAAGGUACGGUAA